AGUGUUUCCAGAGGAUCUUCUCGAGCACAGUCUCCUCAGCCAGGAGGAUCACUCCAUCCAUCUCCCAGUCACACUCUCCCCAGUUUGACAUCUAAGUCCUACACUUUACUGCUAAGAUUAUUGACACAGAAAUUGUUCGUGAAGGAAGCAAAUCACAUGCCAUCUACAUUGUGAGUGUAAUGCGCAGAGAUGUAUCGGGACAGGAAGAACUGUGGCAUGUGUUUAGACGCUAUUCUGAGUUUUACGACUUUCACUUAUCAGUUACAUCAAAGUUUAUGGACUUGUCAUCUGUAUCAUUUCCCAGUAAGAGAAUGCUGAAUAACUUGGCUGCUUGGUUUCUGGAGAAACGUAAAUCCGAACUGGAUGACUGGCUGCAAACAAUUAUGGCCCCAGCUAACCUUCAGUCUCAUCCAGGAUUGCAAGAAGCCAUCCAGCGUUUCCUUGAUCAAACCUCUUAUCUCUCCUCACAACCUCAAAAUCUUGCUAAAAAGGUUGAGGACAAUUUAGUUGCCCCUCUCAGGCUAGGGGUACACAGCAUGAGCAAGGCUGUACGAUCAAUGCCAGACACCGUACUCAACACUGUAGAUGGCAUGGUUGAUGGUAUUUAUAGACGUUUUGUGAAACCAGCACAUCCCAGACUUGUUUCCAAUGCUGAUUAUGCACAUAGAGGAUCUUUUGAUAUAGAGGGUGAUGAAAACAUUCCUUUACGCAUUCUUUUACUUCUGAUGGAUGAAGUAUUUGACCUGAGAAGCAAAGACCAGUGGUUUAGAAGACGCAUCAUGCUCUUUUUACGGCAGAUUUUGAAAGCAAUGUUUGGUGACAUUGUGAACAGAAGAAUUGUUGACUAUGUUGCAUUUAUUACUGCACCAGAGCAAGUGGCAGAUUAUAUUAAAACUUUCAAGGAAUCUUUUUGGCCUAAUGGUACUCUAGCUACUCCUUCAACUGAGAGAGACAGCAAUAUCAAGAUGAGAACCAGAGUUGCUGCCAGAACUUGUAUGUUAGCAAGUAUAUCAGAUGAACUGAAGGCAAUAUUAGGGAGCCAAACAACAGCCCGGGGUGUCCUUGGUGUAUAUGAUACCGUGCAGUGGACCUCCCUUAACAAGAGGCUUGUGUAUGUUCUCCUUGAGGGCAUUAUUGAAUCUGUUCUCUCUAAUCAAAAACAGAUACCUCCUCUGCUAAGAUCUUUACAUACAGGAUCUGCACGAAUUGCUGCUAGAAAUGUUCCCCACACAAGAAAAAACAGAACUGAACGGUGAUAUAACUACCAGAAAAGACAUGAUAGAAAGUCAUCAUUUUCUCAAUUAUAGGUUGUAGAAAUAAAAAAAAUAAUAAAAAUACCUGUAAUUUCACUCAUUAGAUUGAAAUAUAAUUUGAAAUAUGAAUUUCUACAGUGCAUUUUGUGUCUAUAUUUAAGAAUUUCAGUACAGAUAGAUGUGAGUUUUGUCAAACUCAGUUACUGUAUUUGUUAUUGUAUAUAUUUGAUCAGAAAUAUUAUUUUAUAUUUAUGAAUAUGCUUGACAAGAUCUGAGACAGAAGUUUUGUCCAAGAUGUGUCUGACAAUCCUUCAUUUCUAUCCUUUGUCAAGUGAUAUUUCAAAGUGAUAAGGAAACAUUCCACUUUUCACUCAUAUUUUGAAAGCAAAUAAAAACAAAUUAGUGACGUACAAAGUGUUCUAAAGUAUGAUAUUUGGUUAGCUUACAUUAUUAAUGUUACAGCUGUAAGCAGUGACGUUCAAUAAAUGAAUUUUUACAUCCCAUCAGUGUUGACAGGCAAAUGGAGCUUAUUUACUACAGGUAUUUGGACCAGAUAUCAGUAUAAACAUGCAGUAUUGUAAUGGAUAAUUUAUUUUAUGUUAAUUUCUUCUUUUCUAUCUGUAUAUAUAAUCUUUGUUCCCUCCCCCUUCACUUUUGUGUGGAGUGGAUCAAGGGUAGAUAAACUUCAAAGAAAUAGGGAAGUAUAAGGGAAGAAUGGUGAAAGACAAGUGUAGAAAACAGCUGGAUAGGGCUUUGGAAACAAAUAUAAAUACUCAUAUCUUCAACUUUCAUAUUCAGUUUUGUGUGACUGCAUCAAGAUUUCACUUAAGCAAACCUGAAGCUACUUUGUGGUCUAUGCACAUCAGUUGUCUCUACAGUAUAGCUUGUUUUUUAUAUUGAUAUCUAAAAUACAGUGAAACCUUUAUUAAUGGACUAUAUGGAGAGAAAAUUCUGUAACAUCAAGGGUCCAUUUGAUGUGAAACUCCCUCUAACAGAUUAUGUGGAGAGAUAAGUCCGUUAUAUGGAGGUUUUACUGUAAGCACUGCCUACCUAUACGACGUGUCAUUUUUUGGAUUGGAUGAUGUGAUAGUGUGCCCAGUGGAAGCAAAUUUCAGUAAAUCUAGAACUUUUUCAUUGUCUAUAAGUUUUCUUAUUGAAGUUUUGCAAAAAUGAUUUUGUUAAUGUAUCAUCAUCAUGCCAGAUAAUGUAGCUAUCAAAUGAAUGAAUAAAAAUGUACUUUUAUUUCAUAAUGCCCCCUGUAAUAUUACAGUAAUCGUUUAAAUAAAAUUCAGAACUGAAGCUGGCAAGAGGGAUUUGCAUGAAAAGUCAUGCAGUGGCAUUUACGUUAGGAAUUUUCUGGACUAUCACGUAAUCAACAAGAUGACAGAUACAGUAGCACUGUACUUUCAGUAUAUCGAAAUUAUAAUUACAGGUACGAGUAUGUAAAUUGGGUUGAUACACUGUAGCUUACUAAAAGUACAUCAUCCAAAAAGUAGCAUAUGUUUUUACCAAUUUUACCUGAUUUAUCUUAAUUAGCAGUUAGAUUUGUUAUAAAAAUAAGGAAAGAUAAGCAUUGAUUGGUAUCCAUUACAUUCAGUGGGACAAUUUGUCUUAGGAGAGUUUAGAUGCCUAAUGCUGCUACAAGAGAAAUUUUCAAGAUUUUUCAAUUCUGACAAAAACUUCAACUAAUAAUUUUUAAAUUCAUAAAAUGUAUUGUAUAAUCAUAAUAAAGAAAGAAAAUUUU